AUGUCGCGUCAAAGCAUGGCGCCGCAGCGCAAUCUGUCGCUCACAGAAGAAUUGGAAAAGUUAGAGCAGUCCAUCACCCUGACGCUGCAAGAAAUCGACCAGAACUUCAGUCGCGCACACCGCAUCGUCACCACGGGUAUUUUGCCUAUAGUCGAGCAGUAUGGAAAACACUCGGAAGCUGUGUGGGAAGGUUCCAAAUUCUGGAAGCAGUUCUUCGAGGCCAGCGCCAACGUCUCGCUUUCUGGAUACGAAGCGCCGGACCAGGACGAGUCCGUUGCGCAUGACGAGGAGACAGAACAACCCCAAACGUAUGAGGAAGAAACUGUUGAGGAGGAGGACGACGAGACCAUGACAGGGGCGACAACCACACCACCACGACCGAGAUCUGCCCAAGAAGAAGAGCCUGAAUCGACUAUCGGUUUCGACUCGCCCUCGCUCGGCCACAGCACUCCACGUGCGCCCCAGUCGAAUAAGAAAACCAUGCAGAUGGAAGGAGACAUAAGCGAUGGCGAGGAAGAGCCGCAAUUUGCUGAGAUGUCAUCGCCCUACGAGGCGCUCAGGGCAGAGUUCCAGCCCAACCUGGGCGACACCAAGACGCCCAAGUUGGAACCAGUCACUCCCGGCAAGGGUCAAACACUGCCAGAUAUGAGCGGCUUCGACUCUUCACCCUUCAUGCAGCCAACAGCCACAAAACAACAAUCAUACAUCAACCAGGACCCGUUGCUGCACCGCGUUCUUGACAAAACAUACCGUGUGCAGGCGACGCCCAUUAUCAGCCCACGAAAAUACAAGCCUACUGGCGCAUUCACUCCUCGUGCUGCGCAGCGUGGUGCGCCCACGCCUCGGAGUGUUACCUCGAAGCUACCAGCUUGGACCGAAGACUCUUCGCCGCCCUCGUCUCCUGCCCCGCAACUGCGCGCGGACAUUUUCUCCCCUAUGAAGACACCACGAACACCCGGUGUGAGCGUGCAGACACCUGCAAAGGGCAAACAUCCGAUGAGCAUCCAGCGGACAGGCGGGACAAUCUUUGAUGAUAGCGACGAGGAGGAAGAUGAGAUUGAAAUCUUUAGCCCUCCGAAAACAAUUCAGUUCCAUAUCCCGCAUAGCAAGCUUCUGCAAACGCCCGCCCGAGAGGCCAGUAAGCGCAUCGUAGACGACUUGUUGAUGACGGCCGGAGGAGACAUAACAGAAACCACUGAAGGCAUGGAUGAGGACAGUCCGAGUGUGGUGCGAAGGCAGGUAGAUUUUGACGACAGUUUCUAG